AACAAAAACACAAAGUAACAGCAAAUGACAAUAGUCACAUUUUGAUCAGUCACAAUUGGGGGAACCAACCAAUGGUAAAACAGAUAUAUGAUGGUAUGAAAAGGAAUUGUAUCAGUGUAUGGAUGCAUGUCCAUAAUAUCCAAGGUGCCACAGUCGAGGCAAUGGUUGAUGCUGUUGAUCAGGCAGACAUUGUACUUGUCUGCCAUUCAUAUAAAUGCAAGAACAGUUAUAACUGUAGAGCGGAGACAGAAUAUGCGCAUCAAACUAGGAAAAAGAUAAUACUAUUGAAAAUGGAAAGUGGAUACGAGCCUGAUGGUUGGUUAGAACCUAUAAUCGGUAACAAUCUGCAAUUUGACUUCAGUGGAAAAGAUCCACUGGCGAAAACAGUCAACGAAGUAAUCGGAGCCAUACAACAGGAAUUGAACAGAAAGAAUGGAGUAGUAGUUGAUGAGACAAAACCUAUAAUUCCAUCAGAGCAUGAGGUUGUAAUAGCACAACGACCUUCUUAUCAAAGCAGUAGUAAAACCAAGGAGAUACCAGUUCUACCGAUAUGUCUCUCUCUAUCUUUUGUGCUGUUCCUGUUACUGUGUCUGUUGAUAAAUCUAACUUGCUUUAAUUCUUCAAAUACAGUAUGUCCAUACAAAGAAUGUGAGCCAGCUUUGCCAAAACCGCAACCUGGUAUGUCAGGUAAAAACUCAAAGGUAAACUUGACAAAUGGAAUUGACAGUGCCAUGAAUUGGACACUUUCUCAAGUAGAGGAUUGGCUUAACAACAAGAUUCUUCGGAAAGAUAUGUUUCUAUCUACGCAAAGACAGCUGAAGACUUUAAGAGGAAAAGACAUUGCAUUUCUCAAGCUCCUUGUCAACGAGUGUCCGACUACUUUCUACCAAACAAUCCGAGAACAGUUAGGGAUGAAAGAUAUUCAAUCAAUGUCCGAUUUCCGAUUCGCUUUCGAACACAUUGAUACCACUGUGAUUGAUACUGAUUUGCAUUCAACUACGCAACAGUUCACAAGUACCAGCACGAGAACAGUUGAAACAACUAAAGUUAAAUUAACUGUAUAGUUAUGUAUUGUGUUUCUUCACUAUACAGUCCGUGUGAACCAUUAUUAGUCUAGCCUGAUAUAGCAUUGCAUAUUGUGUUUUUAGUCAAGGAUAUGUGAUUUUAAUACCAACAUCAGAUUUAUAAAAAUUUUGAAAUCGAUAAUACACUACGAUAUAAAGCAACUCAAUUGCAAAAACGUAUGAAAUUUGCAUACCUAUUUCCCUGUAUAGCUGAUUACACUAAAAAUAAUGAUAUUUCUUUUUAUUUCUAUAACCAAAUUUACAAGUUCUAAACACAAAACUAUAUUAUUGCAAAUGGUUUUAAAAAGAUAACCCUCGGUCUAUUUUUUGGUACACAUUUAAAACAAGAGAAAGCAUUCAUACUUAUUAAUAUUUCUUAUCGACUUUCUGAAAUUAGUCUGCAAACAUAAUAUGUGUCUGUAUAAUAGUAAGUUUUGUAUUAUUUUUUGUGUUUUACCAGAAUAUGUAGUAAAAUAUGAAAUUUUUGAAUCUUAUUCCUGUUCCAA